GAAAGUGAGUUUGGCUGACAACUCAAAGAAGAACAGCAUGGAUUUGAGGUUACUCUAUGGAGUAGCAUAUAGUGAGUCUUGGUUUGGUCGAUGGGGCUACAGAUUCGGGCGUGGAACCUUUGGUGUCACUCAACAAAUGUACCAAAACGCCAUUGAAGCAAUCCAAAACAUACCAUUAAACUUCUUUCUUCCUUAUCAUCAUCUUGGCAGUUCCAAUAUUGAAGUUAUCCCAAUUUUAUUAUCAAGAUAUCAAACACUUUCUGGCCAUUCCUUGGUGACAUUAGGCCAUUUGUUCCGAUUCAUGUUUGAGCUAAAACUCCGACUUCCAAAUGAUGGUUUUAUUGAUGCAUCUAACAACAGGGGGAUGUUGGUGGACACUGCUUGUAGAUGGUCUCCUAAGCGAGUUGAGAUGGCUACUCGUGUGAUCGUUGAAUCCCUCAAGAGAGCUGAAUUUCGGUGGGUUUCAAGGCAAGAAAUUCGUGACAGCGCUCGUGCCUACAUUGGUGACACGGGUUUAUUAGAUUUUGUGCUAAAGUCAUUAGGGAAUCGUAUUGUUGGAAUUAUUUGGCUCGUUAAAGAUGGUGCUAAAUUGGUUAUCGAGGGGAGGACCCUUGGCAAAAGCGGAAUCCUCCUCCAUGAGAGCAUAUGUGAAGGAAUUCAAAGUCAUCGUGUAGUAGAAUGUCCUUGCGGAGCUAAAAAUGAAGAUGGCGAACGAAUCGUAUCGUGUGACAUUUGUGAAGUUUGGCAACAUACAAGGUGUGUUCGGAUUCCAAACAAUGAAGAGGUUCCUGAUAUAUUUCUUUGCAGUCAAUGUGAGAAAUAUGUUCUACUCCUCCCUUCUGUUCCUUAG